CCCGACGGCCCGCGGCGGGGAGGAGUCCACCGAGUUUGCCCCGGAGCGCGGGGAAGUUUCCCGCGAAGCUCCGCUCCCGGAAACGGGGGACCAGCCGGCGGCCGCUCGCGAGGUGGCUUCAUGGAAGGAUUGCUUCCUAGAACAAGAAAGGAUCAAAGCUCCCCAGAAAAACAAAUCAUGAGGUCUUCAGAAAUGAGGGGAAAGGCAGCCAUCUGAAAUGGUCAUGAACCCCAAACAAGUCUUCCUCUCGGUGCUCAUAUUUGGGGUAGCGGGACUGCUCCUCUUCAUGUAUUUGCAAGUCUGGAUUGAAGAACAGCACACAGGGAAAGUGGAGAAGAAAAGAGAACAAAAAGCAACUUCAGUGACUAGAGAAAAAAUCCAGGAACAUGUCACCGACCAGAACUCCAAGUUCCAUAUAACUGAGGCUCCCAAGGGAAAAAAGGAAAAUCUUCUGCUCAACUCUGAGAGGCCAACUAGGCUCUUAAGGAAGACCAGCCACCCACAAGGAGAGGAUGGGGCUUUAGGUAAGACCACGGGGCCACCAACAAUUAAGCUGAGUGAAAAACAUGAAGGAAGUAGGACUGUUUUUAAGAAGUUCAACGAAAUGAAGUGGCCGUUGGACAUCCACCCUUUAAACAAAAGUUUAGUCAAAGACAACAAAUGGAAGGAAACAGAUGUGGCCCAGGAGACACGCAGAUCUUUCCUUCAGGAGUUUUGCAAGAAAUAUGGUGGGGUGAGUCGUCCUCAGUCACAUCUUUUUCAUAUGGUAUCCAGGAUCUACGUGGAAGAUAAACACAAAAUCUUAUAUUGUGAGGUACCCAAGGCUGGCUGCUCCAACUGGAAGAGAAUUCUGAUGGUACUGAGUGGGUUGGCUUCGUCUGCAUACAACAUCUCCCAUGAUGCUGUUCACUAUGGGAAGCAUUUGAAGAAACUAGAUAGCUUCGACUUAAAAGGGAUAUACACUCGUCUGAACACCUACACCAAAGCUGUUUUUGUUCGUGAUCCCAUGGAAAGGUUAGUGUCAGCAUUUAGGGACAAAUUUGAACACCCCAAUAGCUAUUACCAUCCGGUAUUUGGGAAAGCUAUUAUAAAGAAAUAUCGGCCAAAUGCCUGUGAAGAAGCAUUAAAUAAUGGAUCUGGAGUCAAAUUCAAAGAAUUCGUGCACUAUUUGCUGGAUUCCCGCCGUCCCGUAGGAAUGGACAUUCACUGGGAGAAGGUCAGCAAACUAUGCUAUCCGUGUUUGAUCAACUAUGAUUUUGUAGGGAAAUUCGAAACUUUGGAAGAAGAUGCCAAUUACUUUUUACAGCUCGUGGGUGCUCCAAAAGAGCUGAAAUUUCCAAACUUUAAGGAUAGGCACUCUUCUGAUGAAAGAACCAAUGCUCAGGUCGUGAGACAAUAUUUAAAGGAUCUGACUAGAACUGAGAGACAAUUAAUCUAUGACUUUUAUUACCUGGACUAUUUGAUGUUUAAUUAUACGACUCCAUUUUUGUAGUUUGCAUUCAUUUUCUAAAACCCUGUAUUUACCCCAUGAUGAUGGCCUCCAAUCAGCUAACUGUAAUUUUCCUACCAUUCUCUGUAAGAGAGAGAAUUUAACUAAGUGCAGUUGUUUCAAUUUAAUGAAGAUUUUUCCCAGAUAGUCCGACACCAAUUGGCACAAAGUUAUAGGAAAAUUACCUUACAGAGACGUGUAAACAACUUGAGUUGCUCUCAAAUGUUUGGGAAAUAGCUGCUUUUGCAUUAUGGAUUAUAUUAUAGAAGCAAUAACCUAGCCAGCUGCUGCAUUAGCUUCAACAGCCUCUUGCAAUGAUAGGAAAAGGGAUCUAAAAUAGCAUGAGUAUAUGUCUACAUCCUGGAAUUUGAUGUCUAAAGUGCAUGGAUGUAUUUUUAGCAGUCUGUGACAUACUACCUGCACACUGGAGAGUUUUCUGACACCCCGGAAAUCUUCCUAUCAACUGUGAUGAUAAAUCAAUUUUGAAAUAAUAUUUUGGACCUAGGCAUUUCACUUUAGAUAGGAAGGCGUAUGUGAUUUACAACAUGAGAAUAUAGCAGAAAAACCAGAUGAGGCUAUGGCUUUUUAUAUUCAACAGCCAAUAAAAAAUUCAGAGCAUGCUACGAUCAAAGCGGCAACAACAACCUUCCCCUUCCAGAAAAACUUAAGGGAAUUGAUUCUGUUUUCUUUUGAGCCCUCUGUGCAGAGACAGAAUGAGCAUAACCACUAAAGGUCUUCGCUUCUGAAGCGGGUGGUUGAGAAGUUUAAGCCUCAUCAGAUAUAAAUGUGCUCCUAAUUCUGGUUUAAUUGGGCAGAAGGGAAAUUGUUUCAGGAUGGAAUAAUCAUCAAAAACAAAGUUGCCCUUCUGAAUGGCCUCAAACAAUAACAAAGUUUUAUAAGAAUAUUAUUUGAAUCAAAGCAUCAUGUGCGUAGCUUUCUUUGCGGAAUGUGCUCUAAGAAUAGCUUUUGUUUCCAGUCUAAUUACUUAGCUUGGGAAUGACUUUUUAAAAACUCGUAUACCACUUCAAAGAUAGGUUAUAUUCUAGAGAAUAAACAAAAUUAGAGCCCUAGACACAUUUUUAAUAGGCUUAUGCAUAAACAAAUUAAGGUAUUUUCUUUUUAAGUUUAAAUAUUCUAUACUAAUGCAAAACACCAUUGCAUUCAAAUAUUAAAUCCAAGUUUUUGGAAAAUAGGACCAGGUGUCACCCCUAUCAAAAGUCGUAAUGCAUUUUGGAAAUUUUUUCCAGCAGACCUUAAGUUUGAAGACACAUUUAGAUGGAGAACUUACUUUAAUUGGUUGACUGUUGCUUUGAGUUGAGAAAACCACAUAUCAUUCAAACCCUGUUUAAAUGCGGCUCGCAAAUACGUUCUUCUUCCCAAAUGAUCAUUGCUUCUCAUCAGUAAAUACUCAGUAAUGUUUCUCAGAGAAAAGUAGGCAUUAAUAUUUAAAUAUUAAUAGACCAAGCUAGUUAUAGUUGUACUUAUUUCAUUCUGAUUUUCCAUUUCAUGGCUGCGUAUUCAUGAAUUGCUUUACUCCACACAUGCCUACUUGUCCCAUCUGUGUCUCCCGACAAGUACGAAACUACAGCGGGCUCCCUGAUCAUAAGUAUUAAACCUUCUAAGCUAACCUUUUACUACUUUCCACUCCAUUUACUCUUGCCUCUAGACCAUACACUUAAACUGUGCUCUCUGUUUUUAAGGAGUUUUACUCUAGAGUAAUCUAAAUCGUAUAAUUUAAAUUUUGCUGUACCAUGUAGAGUGGACUCCUUGUAACUUGGAAACAUUGAAAUGAUCUUUUUAUGGAGGAAGAGAGGAAUAGAAACUAUGCCAAGAAGCCUGAAAUUUUAUUCCUAAGCCACACACACAAAAACCCUAGUUUUUAUAUGGGUGGAAUCUAUUAUAAAGUAUAGAAGCAAUUUUCUCAAUGUUAUUCCUAAAACCUUAUAAGGAACCAAAAAAAAAAAAAACCUUCUUUUCAUAACUUCAGAAGAAAAAAAUGGAAACAGGUGUCCUAUCUUUCUCUUAUUAGCAUUUCUAACACACUUAUGAGGAUGGAGUACAUAUAUGGAAUAUGCAUACAUAUAUGUAUGUGUGUGUGCAUACAUAUAUAUGUCUAUAUGACACACACAUGUAUGUCUAUAAUACUGUUUGGCACAGGUGGGAGAGAAGAGGGCUGUUGCUUUCCGUUAAGGCUGUUCUAUGCCUUCCGCUGUCUGUUCUCCUUUCCGUACCCUUUCCACUUAGCCUACAUAACCAGAGGUUGUCCUUCAGUAAUGCUCUUCCUGAAAGACUCCAACACCAGCAAGCAUCCUGUGUGGCUGUGAGUUCCAGGGGCCACAUGUUAAAAAGAUCUUAUGAAGGGGGUGCCUGGGUGGCUUAGCUGAGCAGCUGACUCUUGGUUUCAGCUCAGAUCAUGAUCUCAG